GACGCGGCAGGGGCGGAGCCAGCGCCGGCCGGCGGGCGCUGCGCAGGCGCAGUGAGGUCGCCGGCUUGAGGCGAGGCGCGGCCGUCGGCGAAGCCGGGGGGGCUGCGCCAUGUACCGGCACGGCCGGGCCGCCGCUGCCGCCGCUGCCCGCCUCCGACCCGCCGCCCCCACACUGCGGGCCUGGCCCCCGGCAGAUCCCGACGGUGCCGGACCGGACCCGCCGCGCCGCCAUUACCGAGCGCGGCCUCAGGACCUGGAGCCCACCCGGGGCCACAUUUCGGCACUGCCCCCUCUCCUGCGCCCCCCAGCCCUGCCACGGCCCCCCCCGGCCCGGGGUCCUCGCCUUCGCGCCUUGUCCCCCCCCGAGGGGCUGGCAGGUGACAUCACCACAGUGGACGGUCAGCGGGAAGAUGACAUUGCCGUCCGCGAUGGCCCUGUCACCUCCCUCCUCCUCCUCCUGCGACCCCCGGCCCCCUUCCUGGCCCCCGCUGGGCCCCCCCGCCACCCGCCCCCCAGCAUGGAGGAGCACUUGGCCGUCAUGCACCAGAAGCUGCAGCACGAGCUCCCCAAUUUCUUCCUGAAGAUCCCUGACUAUGGCCUUUACUCCCCCGACGUCGAGUUCAUCAACCACCUCCUCCACCUCCACACCCGCGGGCGGCCCAUGUACCAGGUGGCGGUGGCCCUGUGCCGGGCGGUGGCCUGGGGCUACUUUGCCAGCCUGCGGCUGGAGGUGCUGGCCCUGACGCGGCACCCCGAGGACUGGAGCAUCCGGGCGCGCUGGCGCCUGACCGGGCUCCCCCUGCACCUCUGCCUCCUGCGCUUCUACCGCCGCGACAAGCGCCAGCUCCUGCGGUCCUAUGACGCCUUCUCCACCUUCUUCCUCAACUCGCAGGGGCUCAUCCGCUGCCACCGCGUGGACAAGCUGAUGCCAGCCCCCACGGCCAUGACCGAGGACAAGAAGCUGCUGGUGGCAGCGGCGGUGGCAGUGGCACUGGCCGAGCCGGGACCGGCCUUACAGCUCGCCUUGAAGCCUCCUGCCACCUCGGGGGCCACCUGAGCCCCCAAAUCCCUGUUCCCACGUGUCCCCUCCCUCCCUUAACUUAAUGUACAGAAUAAAACCAGAUGGACGGA